AUGAAGACACCAUUCUUAUCCCUUUCUCUCAUUCUCUUCUCCGUCUUGCUUUGUGAAUCAAGAAAUGCACCAAACCCGCCGGUGCUUGACAUCAAUGGGAAAACCCUCCGUGCUACCACCAAGUACUAUGUUAAACCACUCCAAGAAGAUCUAGGUGGUGGGCUCGACCUAGCUCCCAUGGGGAACCAAAGUUGCCCGCAGCAUGUGGUCCAAGAUAACAAUGAUUGGUUGGGUCAAGUAAUACAGUUCCACCCAGUAAAUUCAAAAGAUGGCGUGAUUAGAGAAUCCACGGAUCUUAACAUUGCAUUUCCUAAUGCAAACACUGGAUGCCCCGAGUCUAAUGUUUGGACGAUAAUUGGCGACGUCUCAUGGUAUGAUGAUACUCAAUAUGUAACAGCAGGUGGAGAAAUAGGAAAUCCUGGUGAACGAACUCUAGUCAACUGGUUUAAGAUCGUUAAAACAGCAAAGGCCUACAAGCUGAGAUUUUGUCCAGAUGUGUGCAGUUCCUGCGAUUUUGUGUGCCAAGAUGUUAGCGUUACUGCGGAAGGAGAUCGAGGGCAGAAGUAUUUAGUUCUGAGCGAUGCCCCUCUAGAAAUCACCUUUGCGAAGGCAUAA